UUUUCUAAAUUAUUCAAAUAGGCUGACUAUUUCUAGUCUACCAAGAGACAAACUGACACAGAGACUUAAUAACCCCCGUAAAUCUUGAUUUUUAAGAAGACCAUCUACAAAUGAGUCAAGCAAUUCCCAAAGUAACUUGUGCCAGGAUGGUGGCUCAGGUUGUUCAGGACAUGGUCCUGGCAAAGGAAAUUCCAUUAAAAAGGCAGAGAAAGAUGUCCUCCCAAACUAGACUUUGGAACCCCUUUGAGAAAGAAGAGGAACUCAAGAUCUCUAUUAUAGAGUACAUUGAUAGACUGGGUGACUACCUGCAUGUUUCUGGAUCGUGUUUUAUCCUCGCACUGAUCUACAUUGAUAGGAUUACCCAGAAAGCGCAGGUGAGACUCAGCCAACUGUCUAUUCAUAGGCUCUUCACGACCAGCAUCCUGCUAGCAAUGAAGUACCAUGAUGACAUAAAGAUAGAGGAUCCCGCUUACAUAGCAACUGUGGUUGGGAUCCCUCAAGCUGAGCUGAAAAUUCUAGAAGUGGCUUUCAUGAGCAUGAUAAACUUUGAAUUAUAUGUGCGUCCCUCUAAGUUCAGACAAUACUGCGAGUUUUUGGUUCUCUCGCAAACCCCAGAAAUGCAUUGGAAUGAAGAGAAGGAGUUUCGGAUCCAGAUGAAGAAGAAAAUGAUUUCCAUGGGCCUCUGCUCUUGAGGCAGAGCCGAACACUCCACUAGAAGUCCCUCCUUACACAAUAGGAGAAAGAAGAAAAGGCAGAAUACUAGGAAAAGAAAGCUUCUUAAAAAAGGAAAGAGCCAAAAUUUUGACACUUCAGAGGCCAAGCCGUGCCUGGUCACUCUUAAUUCAGAUGAGCCUAGUUCUGAAGAAUCAAGUGAGAAACCACAUCUUUUGAAGGAGUGCCAUGAGGAGUCAACCCAAGACUCGAGAGAGGGGUCCUUUAUAGAUAAUUGCCCUCAAAAUCGAACUUAAGAAAUUUCCAAUUUCUAUACUUUUACUACUUGAACAUAAGAAAUUACCUUCACUUGAUACUCCCAGUUUGGCUGCUUUUGGUCAUUCAUAAUCUGCCUUUAUUAGAAGU